AUGAAAAUGCUCUCUCACACUUCAGCAAUUUCGUGUCGAGUCAACACUUGGUCUGAGUGGUCGCCUUGCGACAAACAGUGCGGCCUCGGUUGGCAGCGUCGAUCGAGGCAGGUUGUCCAGGAGGCGGAAAAUGGAGGCGAAACUUGCCCAGUGCUGACGGAGAAGAAGGAGUGCCGCGGCGAGAACUGUCCAGGCCGACGGUUCGGCCGUUCUGACUACUCGGGUCUGACGUACUCCCAGAGGAUUGAGGGUGAGAACCUACAAUUUGGCAUGUAUACAAAUUGCCCAUAUUCCCCUGUUGGAGUCUAG